CGUAAAGCUUCCAAAGUCCGCAACGAUCGUCAAACACGUCUUUCUCCGUAAAUCGUCUGAGGUCACAGAUUUGCUCCGAGGAAUCGAUGGCGUUCGAGGAAGAAGAGGAGGAGGAGACAUUGGAGCAUACACUUCUGGUGGUGCGUGAGGUCUCCGUCUACAAGAUCCCGCCGCGAACAACAUCCGGCGGAUACAAGUGCGGCGAAUGGCUUCAGUCCGAUAAGAUCUGGUCUGGUCGCCUCCGCGUCGUGUCGUGCAAGGAUCGCUGCGAGAUCCGGCUGGAGGAUUCGAACUCCGGCGAUCUCUUUGCAGCUUGUUUCGUGGAUCCCGGGCGGAGAGAGAACUCUGUCGAGCCGUCUCUCGAUUCGUCUAGGUAUUUCGUUCUCAGGAUCGACGACGGGCGUGGGAAGUAUGCGUUCAUCGGGCUAGGAUUCGCUGAGAGGAACGAGGCGUUUGAUUUCAAUGUCGCCUUGUCCGAUCACGAAAAGUACGUGAGGAGGGAGAAAGAGAAGGAGACAGGGGAAACGAGUGACAGCGACAAUCACAUCGAUAUCCAUCCCGCCGUCAAUCACAGAUUGAAGGAAGGUGAAACCAUAAGAAUCAACGUGAAGCCCAAACCAACAACAAAUGGCACUGGGAUGCUCUCAGCUGCUCUUUCAGGAAACGGUAAGCCAAAACCUUUAGCACUUGCUCCACCACCAAAUGCUGCUAUAAAAACCAGGUCUCCGUUACCGCCUCCUCCAAAUGAUCCCGUCACUUCAAGGAUUGCAUCUGAUGGUUGUAAGGAACCAACGGAUAACACAAGACGCAGGAAUGAUCCUCUGUCUAAUCUAUCUCAGCUCAAGGAGAAUCUUCCUUCAACAACAGGAUCAGGACCGACCAAGUCAACAGGAGCUGCAUCAGGUUGGGCAGCUUUCUGAUAUCACAAGGAGCCUUAAAUCUAAGGUCUUGGACCCGUCCGGCUUCAUCUUCUUGUGACUUGAGAGCAAGAGACAUUAGAGGCAGAGACGCUAGACACCAAAUGGCAAACAGCAAUCUGAGUUUUUUUUUUUUUUUUAAUUGAUGUGUGUUUCUUUGUAAUCUCAUCCUCAACACUCCCUGUUGUAAUAUCUUUUUUUCAUUUUUCAAAUCAUCUUUGUUACAUAUGGAUCAAGAGAUUUUAAUAUAUUUACAAAUGAAGAGAUG